ACAUCGGCCAACCUCUUCAUCUAUCUUUCAUCAUACGCAAUGCACAAACAACAAUGAAAGUAACGGUCAUUUUUUGGUACUGAAAGCAUGAUGAUGCAAAAGAUCGUUGUCGGGUCUAUACACAGGUCCUUUCGGGCAACACAAAGGUCGAUCGGGCUAUCAAUCCGACAGACUUCCACAAUACCUACGCCUGAUAGAUAUGAGGGAAAGGUGCCAAGUUAGCUCAGCCUGAAAGACUAUGUUGGUCAUAGGUACAAAGGCAACUUUAAGGUUGCAAUGUUUUCCGGGCAACCCAAAUUUAAUUCACAACAGCAACAAUUACGACAGUCUGUUCAUUCGGCUUUACAAAAGGAAAACAUUAACGUUCAUGAAUGGCCAGCUCUCCAGAAUUUUGUUGACAGAGCCAUCGUUCAGGAUGGAAUUAGAGCAAUUCAAGGCUUUAGAGAGAUGUGGCUGGAUUUGGGAUAUGAACAUCAGCAAUUCUUUGCCCAUGGAUCCUUCGCAACAGAUCCACUCUUCAUUCAGAUGUCACCCGAGUCUGAAAGUUCGAUCCUACAGAUUUAUCGUAUAGUGUCAAAAGUACUACCGGUAAUCCCACGAGUAGUGACUGAUGUUCUGUUUGAACGAUAUUAUGUUUUCAGCCUUGACUCUUAUUCUGAGCAAUUACUCGAUAUCGUUGGAGGUCUGGACAGUCUUACCAGCAAGAACCGGGUACAAUUGCUUAGUACUAGACUCAGAUGUCAGAGAUUCAAAGAUUACUGGGAAGCAUUCGCAGAGUAUCAGAAAAUGCGUGAUUGGUGUUUGGAAAGAGGAGAGAUCUUGACCUCUAAUGGAUGGUUUCGCGUAUUUUACAAUUUGACAAGACUGGACAUUUACGACACAAAAAGCACUCCUUCUCUGCCAAUAGAGAUCUUCGAGGAGCUGAUGACGGACUUCGACAAUCUCGCGCAAGCAGACGAGAACGUAAGGGUCAAGAUAUUCACGCUCGCUCUGAGCCAUUAUGGCAAAAGGGCAUCUAAAGCUGUUGGAUCGAAAUGGCGUAUGUAUCAUCAGCAGGUCAUCCUCAUUAUUCAUGAAGGAUUGGUGAAACGCUACGGCGACAAUUUGAAUGGCGACGUUGUUAUUUUCAACUCUUUACUCGAAGCUUAUAAUCGUGCAGGCUUGUCUAAUUCAGCUAUAGAGAUAUGGAAUCAGGCGGUGAAUUUGAAUGUCGAGAUUGAUGCUGCUACACUCGCGACUAUAUUUGAUAUUUGCGGACUCAACGGUCGUCUGCCAGACGCAAUCAAAAUCUUUGAAUGGUUGCAGCAUGGCGAAUGUUUCUUAAAGCUAAUGAAUAAAAAUGCUUGGGAUUCAUGGCUAGAAUGCCUAUGCAGAUGUGGCGCACUUCAGGAAGCCAUGGACUUUACAUUUCAACUCAUGGAGCAUAAAUUGCGAGAACGAGCAGAAGUGUACAAGAAUGCAGAGACGAUGAGAGCAGGAACUAAGAGCAAGGAUAUGUAUUAUAAAACGAUAGAAAGCGAACUGACGAAGGAAAGUGAUCUCAACUAUCCCGACAAGCAAGGUUUACCGAACAAACCUGUAUUUCAGUCGCAACAGCUUCGGAAGUAUUCAUCGAAUGGUCUUUCAACGUACGCACCGGAUGCCAAAACUUUCGGUUUGCUACUAGGGUUCUCCCAUGUUAAGCACAAACACGAUUCUUACGGUUUCACUCGACCUGAACUGCACGCUGAACUCUUACAGCGACUGUAUCAAGAUUACCCUGCCCUCGUGCCUUUCAUCGAAGACUACAAGCUCGUGCCAAUAUAAAGAUUUGGAAGAAUGAAUACUUUUUGUGCUGGUGCUCGAAUGCAUUUUCAAAUAUCUACAUACCCCUGUACAGUAUCAAUCAAUUUGUAUUGUGUAUUCACCUCAGACAAUUUUGCUUGUAUUUGACCUUCUCUUCUACUCUUAUCGGAGAAAUGGUAAGGAUUGGACAUCUGACAUAAUGGAGUACACUGCUUCUUAUCUCAUUGCAAAAUAACCUUAGUGGAAUUUGCCGGGUACGACUGGAUGACUAGCAGAUAGACCGCCGUCGAUUGGAAGCA